AUGUCAGCAUUAUUCAAUUUCAGCUCAUUGUUGCAGGUUCUGUUGCUAUUAAUUUGUUCGUGUACAUAUAUCCAUACACAAUGGCCUUCAUUACUUGAGCGUUACAAGGACCAUGAAGCCCUAGGGAUAUUUUGGAAAAUGGCCCGUGUUGGAGAAAGAGGAAGUCCCUACGUUAGUUUAGCGUGUAUUUUAAUGGCUGUUAACCAGUUUAACAGUUAG